GUCAGUCUGCGCUGUACUCUGCUUCCACGACGGCUUACAUAUAUUCCUUCUGUAUCAAGUUGUGCGAGUGUGAUAUAUACAGGCAGCGGAUACGUAGAAAACUGACCGUAUCUAACGUCGAAUACGUAUUUCGAUAACGGAAAUAAGGGCUAUUCUGAGGUCCGGUGUGUUCGGAAAGUCGGACACGUAGCAUAUAUUUUUCCUCUUUACGAAGAAACACGGGAAAAACGAGAGUUUAUUUUUCUAAGCUGCUUUGCUCCAAAGGACAAGAAGGCCAGAGUCUACCUGAAAUCGUUUCGCUGAUUCCAAGGCCAAGGAAAGGAAAGGGAAAGAAAGAUUCCGCGAUACUUGGGUCUCGCUGGAGCUUUUUUUUGCAUCGAUUUUUUAAGGAGAGUGCUUUCACACAGAGACAUAUCUUUUGUGGGAGAAUCUCUUAUUUUCUAGUGACUCGCGCCGAACAACGUAUUCGUGAAACGGGAAUUUCAGAAAUUUAUUGACCCUCGUUUGCCCUUCACCUGUUUGUUUACAUUGCCGAGACGGUUGCGCGAGGAAAAAUAACGAACGGUUGGAUAGAGCAGAGCGGCCGAACAUAUAAGAAAGGUAUUCCUUUCGCGUUGCUCGCGUUUCGGCGCUUAUUCGUGGCAGGACAAACGACAUUACAAUGAGACUCAUCGCCGUCGAUCGGUUUAUCGGCUCGAAUUGGUACCGCCGACCGCGGAAACGACCGCUGGUCGGCCCGACCGGGUCUCCUUUCUUGGACAUCCUGGUCAUGCAAACCAGAUCCUGCCGUUGGUUCCGGAAAAACAAAUCUGUCAAUCCUCUAAAGCGAGUGACCUUCCGAGAUGAAGCCAUUAUAUCAAUGUCGGUGGCCGGUGAGGUGACUGACGCUUCGAUCAUGGAAGUAGGCCGUUCUAGACCACAGUUUCAAUAUUCUCGGGAGGAACUUAUGCUGAUAAAAAAUUUGCGAUUAUCUAGACGUAGGCCUACAUUCCUAGAUGUCGCUUAUAAUAACUCGCGAGGCGUUUGGGAUCCCGAACGCUGGCAUUCAGAUAGAAAGCGUAGCGAUACACCCCCGAAAGAAGAAAGGACUGGACGUGGUGAUCAAAUCACUGAGAAUCAUAGUAAGCGACGUAAUAAUGGCGAUCCACGAGACCGAAUACGUAAAGAGCAAGAUGGCAUCGUUUUGAGCCCGCAACGAAGAAGUUUUAAUUCGGGAUGUUUCGUUAACGUGAAUCAGCCACCAAGCCGGCGUCCGGAGAGCCCGAUUGGCAAAACAGAGGUCAGUCAUCGUGAACCUGUUCGUCGAAUCGGUAGCGGCAGGAUUUUGACACGAGAUAUAUGGGACUUUAGAGCGGAAAAUGAAAAGAUGGAAUCUGAGCGUGCAGAUUAUGGUUUUAGAUCAGGCACGGCUGCUGGUGGCUCUCUGCGUGAUCGUGAUAAUAGAGAUAAUCGUGACGGAAAGGAGCGGGACAGGGAUCGCGACAUGCGGGAAAGGGAACGCGACGGUCUGCGGGAGCGGGACGACAGGUUUGAGCGGAGAUCAUUCGGCCGGGAUUAUGGGGAUCGUGGCGAGAGAGAGCGCGAUCGUGGCGACAGGGGAGUGGAGCGAAAUGAGCGGAACACGCAUCAGAUGGAUCGCGAUAAGGAUCGCGGACGCGACAAGAGAUUCGGCACGGAUCGUCGACGAACUUACAGUGAUACUCGUGAUAUGGACGAACCAGAAUGGUUCAGCUCGGGACCUACGUCUCAACACGAUACGAUCGAGCUCAGAGGCUUUGAGGAUAUUCCCGAGGAGAAGGUAAUGAUGAGCAGCGGUAAUGCCAAGAGUAAGAAACAAACCCCCGCGCAAAAGAAACGGGGCAAGAGGAAUGCCACAACAGAGAAGGAUGACAAACCGAAUGAGAAUUCGGCGGGUCCUAAAGGACGCAGCACUCCGACCGUUAUGGAUCAACCUAUGAACGCUGUGCAGGCACCACAUUCUCCGAUUUCCGAACAGACUGAGCCACCUGUCACACGACAGAACAAAGAGAACGACGUCAGCGAGAGUACCGUCACUGAGCCAACGUCCGAAUCGAGAGAGAACUCCAGUGCAAAUCAGAAUCAAGAGGAUUCGCAUCCCGAUUUUAAUCUGGAUGAGUUCCUGAAAUCUGAUACGUUCUCCGGCGUCUCUGGUCUGUUGACGAAUGGUGUUGGCUCGAAUAGUGGUACUGGGUCGCGAUUCAGCCAAUGGUUCAAAAGAGAAAGUCCAGUUCAGCAGGCGGAUAGUCGUAGAGCUUCCAUACAAGAUGAAUUGCUGAACAAUUUAUUGAAUGACAUCACCGAGCCAAAUAUUCAAAUACCAUCGGUGACGGAAUCAAACACCUACUUUGCUCCAAUUUCUCCGGCCACGAUGACCAAUAACACGACCACAAACGGCGUAAAACUACUCGAAAUGUUACAUCGCGGUAACAAGCCAAAUCAAAAUGGUCAGGGUGAUGCGAGUAACACGGCUAUACCUAUGAUGAAAAAUUGUUCUAUUAAAGAUUUAGAAGUUGGUGGUAAAGUUGUACACAGUUUGGAAGAAUUGGAAGCACGUAUGCGGGGUGGUGCUCCUCCACCUGCAACUUCGACUGAUGCACCCCGUGUAAAUAAGACUGAAGAAGAUCUCUCUGCUUUUAAGAAACUGCUUGCUCAAGUGACUGGAGGACAAGCUGUGCCUGCAGCUAACGGACCUAUCACCCAAAAACAACCUGUAACUUUAAUGCAAUUACUUAAUUCGCAAUUUAAAACUCAGCCGUCGUCGAUGCCACAUCAACCGCCCGCAGAACCAAUUCAUACUACAACAUUUAAUCAUGUUGGUCCCCUUGGUCCUACUCAACAUCCGCAUCAGGCUCAGAUGCAACAUGAGAAUCUAUUGAAAGUCUUGCAAAUACAGCAGCAGCAGCAGCAACAGCAACAAAAGCAACAACAGCAACGACAUUCCGAUAUGCUAUCGAUGAUGAUGCAAGGUAAUCAGCGGAUGCUAGGUGUUAGUCCAGUACCGACGGAGAUGCAAAUGAUGAUAAAUAAUGUCCCGUCGAGUCAAGAGCUUUUGCAACGACCAGAAGCUCAAGCAAUCAUUCAAGGUUUACAGCAAGGGGAGAUUACUAGGCAACAUCUAAUACAACAAUUGCAGAAUCCUGCAAUGCAGCAUCGCCAUCGAGAAGUGCUGGUGAACAUUUUGAAAAUGUAUGGUGGCACUACACCUCGCACUUCAAGUCCACAUCCUCAUCCCGCUGCCCCUAUUCCUCAGGAUCACAUACUGCAACAGAUGCUGUAUCAACAACAACAACAACAACAAAGAAUUCCGUCUCCUAUGAAUAACGCUUAUUGUCCACCUCCGAUAAUAUCACCAAAUUUAACAGCUAAUCCUAGUACUUUAACGGUACAACAUCCAGUGAUACCACAUAGAGUACCGUCACCAAGGGAGAUUGUUAUGCAUACUCAGUCUAUAAUGCAAAGUGCUUUAAUUAAGAAGAAAUUGGAGGAGCAGCGUGAGAAUUUCCGUAAGCGACAGGAUCAGCAACAACAACAGCAGCAGCAGCAGCAACAACAGCAACAAGUUCAGCAGCAGCGCGUGUCAAGCCCUGUUAAUUCACCGGCUAAGCAAACAGCGAGUCCGCUCGCUUUCACUCCAACUUCCGUUUUACGCAAAAUGACUGCUGAUAAGGAACCUGACGGAAGCAGCACGGAGCCACCCAAAUUGUCUACGCAAACUCAAGCUUCUCAGAUGCAACAAAUGCAGUCGGCUGCGGUUCAGUUACUUGCACAGGGAGCUCUCUCGAGACACACCGCAUUGCGAUCACAACCUGUUCAAUCGACAUGGUCAAACCCAUCGCUUAAACAGCAUCCAGGUCGACCUAUAGUAAAAGGCGGUAAUAAUAGCAACGCAAGCGGUAAUCAGUUCCAAUAUAAUACGGGAAAUGCAGAAUUUCAACAGCAGCACAGAACGGUCCCGAAUGUUUACGGCAAUCCACCACGAUCUAAACACACGAUGGCAACUUCGUUACCGCAUCAUAAUGUUCCACAAUACAACGUAGCGCAGAACUCGAUUAUGAAUCAAAGAUCAAAUCCUAUGAAUCCCCAGAUGAAGGCGCAGCAAGUCCCGACACAUCUCGCUAACAUGCAACAACAACAACAACCACCACCACCACACGGAACCGUUAACAUGCAACAGCAACAACAACCACCGCAGAGAACUGUAAAUACGUCGAUGCAACUUGUCAUGAGCCAAAACUAUAAUUCUAAUCGCACAGAUGGACGGGCGAUGCGAUCGCAGCAGUUGAACAUGGCAGUCGGCCGUCAACCUUCACCGGGCCUCGGAUUUGUGGGCAGUAACGGAGGUGACCUUUCGCCAACAUCUAAUCAACUUGCGCGAUGGUUCAGCCCAGAACUUCUCGCUCAAGCUCGGGCCGGCAAGCUCCCGGAGCUUGCACAAACAAACGUCCUGUCAUUGGAAGAGCUAGAAAGACUUCAACACGCAUCAACCACAAUAGUGCAUAACUAAAGUGACAUUGUACUCGACGUACGUUUCAAUUUCACAAGCACGAAUGUGCAUUGGUAACGCGCUACUAUUGGUCGGAGAAUCGUUCUCUUCGUACAUCUCCCUUUACGUCCGAAGCACCUGCGUAACAUCCCCUACAUAGAUGCUGGAUACAUGCCGCUAAAUUACAAGAUGGUGCUCGCCUACGUCGAUCUUUUUAUCAAGUCUUUAUAUUGACAAGAGGUUCGAAGUAACGCCACGUAUUUUGAUUAGGAAUAGAGUUGAUUAAUCGGUACUUUUUAUUUCGAAAGAUCUUUCGUCGAGAAACAUUGCUGACCGCGUUUGCGAAGCCAUUUUUCCAAGUUUCGCGGAAUGUUGAUUAGAAACUACAAAUGUACAGAAUAGUAUAUGAUAUUAAGAACGAAGCGUUAGAACGAAGAAGCGGACAAGCUUUCUAUGCAUACGACGUAUUGUUUAUAAGACUGAAAAAAUUUGAAAAUUCUUAUUGUUGAUCAUAUGACAAGCUGUUUGAGCUUCAUAUGCGUACUUUAUAAAUGACAACACACGUAAAGAUCUAUUUGCCUAAGAUAAAACUGCAAGUUUCUUAUGAACAACUCCUCUGUCUCAUUAUCUAGCAAGAAUCUGAAAAUUAUCUGGCGACUUGAGCAAUUUCAAUGUUUUUUUUUUUUUUUUUUUUUUUUUUUUUUUUUUUUUUUUUUUUUUUCUUCAAAGUAUAUUUGUACCAACCUCUUAUUUUUUUGUUAAUGAUUAAUAGAGGUAUUACGAGGAUGUACUAUGAGUGUAUUUUGCAAUGAUUCGUAAGUAUUGAAAGCACCUUUAUAUGAUUACGUUCCUUUUAUUCGGAACAAAGCAAAGCGAUAUUUUUUCACGCUGUCAGCAGGCAUAAAAAUAUAUAGUAUAUAUUAUGUAUGUGUCUAAUGCAAAAGAACUCAACGUUGUCGCCAGCAGGAAUAACAACUAGAUAGUCGAUAUGUUUAAUCUAGUAUUAUUUAUAGAGUACGUCGCGUGCGCUUGCUUAUUUACAAUGGGACUUGCAAAAACCCUUAGGCAAAUAAUACGCAAACUCCUCGAACUUGUGUGAAUUGCAAGCUAGCACCUGAUUACAAUUACUUACACAGAGCGGUGGUGUCGUAUUUAAUAUUCUAUUCGUAUUACUGCAAACAAUGCGACCUUAUUAACACGAAAAGUGAAAUAAAACGAUGAGUAUGUGACAUCAAGUCGUACAUAUAUUAUAAAAAAUAAAUAUAUAAUAUAUACUUCUCGUGUGUA